GCCCAGCCCCACGCCACCAUGUGCGACACCAGCUGCUCCUCAGGCCGCCAGUCGGCCUGCUCUCUGCCCAGCCCCUGCCAGGUGUCCUGCUGUGUGCCCGUGAGCUGCCAACCACCUGUGUGCACGCCUGUGAGCUGCCAGCCAGCUGUGUGCACAGCCAUGAGCUGCCAGCCAGCCGAGUGUGCGCCAGUGAGCUGCAGGCCCCCUGUGUACAAGCAAGUUGUCUGCAUGGCCCCCUCCUGCCAGCCCUCUGGGUGCUGCCAGCCCUCCUGCCCCACCCUGGUCUGCAGACCCGUCUCCUGUAGCUCCCUUUGCUGCUAUUGACCACGAGUCCCUUACUCAGCUGCUCCCAUUGUGAUUGGUCC